GUUCUCGAUGUGGAUUUGGUCCAGAUGAAAAAUGCCAGCAGCGGUCGAAUUCGAAGCCGGCAGCGGGUCUGGGGCCUCCCUCCAGCGCUGGAGAUGGGAGGCUUCGGGCCCAAUGUGGUGGUGGCCCGGCUCCAGAUGCCCUACGAGGCGGGCGACUGCCUCGGCUGGGCUUGGCGCUACGAUGUGACCGGCCUGACUUUGGGCAGCGAGGAGGCCCAAGGAGGACCUGCCCCAACGCUGUACCUGCCGGUGAGUCGUGAAUAUGGAGUCACCAAUACGCUGACCUAUCCGUUGAGCCUGCGGCACCGACUGGCCGUUCGGGCGAUCGCGCAAGCCGGCAUCCCGCGCGUGGCCUUUGAGAGACGGAAAAUGGCAGUGGCUCAAGGCUAUUCGGCGCAUUUGGAAUUUGAU